AGGCAUACCUUCUUCUUUGAUCUCCGACAGACAUCGCCCGCUUUCAUCGUUUUUCACACUUGUCUCACCGUGCCUCAACCGGCACUUCUCUUCUUGGGGUUGGGGUUUUUGCUAUCUAGAUGGGCAGAAUGGCCUGUCUCGUAAAGCAAGACGUCUGCUCCUUCUGUACCCUGAGCUGAAGGACACCACGAGGAAGCUCCGGACGGAACAUGGAUAGUGAAGCGUCCGUAUAAUUGCUGGUGGGAGCCGCGACGGAGGCAGAGGCGGAGGCGCCGGCAACGGACGCUGCCACCUCCCUGACCGAGAAAUCCGAACCGCCUCACAACUCUCUUGAGUGCGAAGCACCAGAGAGGCGGCGUUGUGGUGGCACGACGUGGGAUGCCUGACAGACGCGCAGCUGACGGGGAGGUUCAUCGGCUUGGCGGGGGCUGAAGCGGCUUCCACCGACGGUGGUCCCUGCUUGUUUCCGCACAACGGUGCACGCCUGACAAGGAGCGUGGUCGGGGCUGCCGGAUGACAAUUGUCCCUUUGAGCCCACAAGAAGGGACGAUGCAGUGCCACAACGACCAGGUUCGCCAGGAGUGUGUGACCUCGUCAAGGCGACGCCUGCUCGACGGAAGCAUCGAGAAGCUCCCGACGCCGCUCUCCCCGCCGUACGCGGCAAUUCCUCCCCUCAAUCAAGGCGUGCGGGGCAUCGUACGCAGGAGCCGGUCUGCAGGGGGAGCGAGCUCCACGAUGACGGGUCGCCGCUUAGGAGCCCCCACGCCGCCACCACCACCGAUCUUCUGGAGGGGGACCGCUACGCCGCGCCGAUCUGCGUCGCUGAGGGUGAACAACUCGCGGCUGGCGACGGGACGCAGACCGACAGCCUCCUUUGCCGGGUGGGCGGCGGGCUCCGGCAUCGCACCGCCACACCCACACGCAGCGCCCGAUGGAGGUGGGGGAAGCGGACUUGGCCAGCGGUACGGUCGUGGGGACAGCGGAGCGUGGACGAGCGGGGAUGGCACUGCCGUAAAGGAAGGGUUGCUGAAGAGCCGCAGCCCCGUAGCGCUCCAGCGUGCGAGCUGCCUUCGCGCCACACCCGUCGACUGCCUUCGGACGGGAGGUGCGGUGCUAGAGGGCGGAAGUGUUGCCGCGUGUGGAGCAAGUAGUGCUGAGCCCCGUCGGAUUCCGCGGCGCUACACGCACGCGACGGCCCUGCUGCGACGCGGCGCGCUGCCUUCAUUAUAG